CUAUUUUAUUUAUACUUUCUUUUGGCAUGGCCGCCUCUUCUAUUUGUAAAAUUUUAGGUUUACUAAUCCCAGUGAUUAAAAAAGUAUAACUUUAUUUUACCAGGGGCGAACUUUAACUUGGUCACCAUUUCUGUUUGUUGGCUAAUGAUUCCACGAAUCCAAUAUGUGGUGUUUUUUUUUAAACCAUUCAGUUCAAAGUCUGAUGCCCGAUCAAAUUGGACAUCAUAUAUAAAUUCAGCCAUGAGGACAGAUAGGGUGUCCUUAACCAGGCUGAGUUAUCAGGAUGCAGGUGAUCCAGAGUCUGUGUGUUGUACUGGUGGUGCUGUGGUCCACUGUCCAGUGUGACCAUCACCCUCAGCACAGUAACCAUGGGGUCCACAACGAUUCUGCUGCUGGAAGCCUGAAGAUAUACCAGGAGAACCUUGACUUUGCUUUCCAUCUGUACAAGCACAUCUCCGCCCAGCCCGAUUCUCAGUCCAAGAACGUCUUCUUCUCCCCACUGAGCGUGUCCGUGGCCCUGGCCGCUCUGUCCUUGGGGGCCAGAGGGAAGACGCACCAGCAGCUCUUUGAAGGUCUGGGCUUCAACAGCACAGACAUCACUGAAGAGGAAGUGAACCAGGCCUUCCAACACAUCCAUCACAACCUCAAUGAGAAAUCAGAUGUAAACCUCGGGAAUGCACUCUUCAUUGGACAAGACUUCAAGCCACGCCCUGAGUUCCUGGAGAGCAUGAAACGCUAUUACCAGUCAGAGGGUUUCAGCACCGACUUCGGCAAGACUGAACAGGCCAAGGAGCAGAUCAAUAAGUAUGUGGACGAGAAGACCAAGGGUAAAAUAACACAGCUGGUUGAAGAAGUGGAUCCGCUAACAGUAAUGUAUAUCAUCAACUACAUGUACUUCAAAGGUAAAUGGGAGAUUCCUUUUGAUCCCAAAAAAACAGUGGAAGACAACUUUCAUGUUGAUGAUAAAACAACUGUUCCUGUUCAGAUGAUGUACGCAAAGGACGAUUUUCGCGUUUUUCACGAUGAAGAGAUCUCCACUCACGUUCUCCGGCUGCAUUAUAGUGAGUCUGUCUCAAUGAUGCUGGUCCUUCCGGAAAAUGGAUUGCAGGGUCUGGAGGAAGUGGUCUGCAAAGACCAUUUAUGGAAAUGGAUCAAAUCUGCGAAGAAGAGGAAGUACAUUGUGCAUGUUCCAAAACUGUCCCUGAAAACCUCGUAUCAGCUGAAAGCAAUCCUGUCUGAAAUGGGAAUCACUGACAUAUUUGAGGAUGCUGCAGACCUCACUGGAAUAUCGGAACAAGGGAAUUUGGUUGUCUCGAAGGUUCUUCACAAGGCUACCCUGGAUGUGGAUGAGGCUGGAACAACAGCGACCGCGGCAACAGGAGUGGAAAUAACGGAAAGGGGCUUACUUAUCGACCCCCCUGCCAUGAAGUUUGACCGUCCGUUCAUGGUUUUCUUGCUCAGCCGCGAAACCAGAAGCAUACUGUUCAUGGGAAAAAUUGUGAACCCAGCAGAAUAAUAAAAUUUGUGCAUAUGAGCUGCUCAAA